CCAUCACCAAAAAAUAAUAUAAGAAAAUACUGAUCAUAUUACUACAAAGUUUCAGAAAAUGAAGAAGAUAUUCGUAUUACUAUUUCUCUCUAUCUUUGCCAUCUUCACAAAUUCUUGGCUUUGUGAAGCAUCUUCAUCACCUGAUCCAGUUCUUGACAUAAACGGUAAAAUUCUCCGAACAGAGAAAACAUAUUUUAUAGUUCCAGUAAACGGCGAAAAAUACGGUGGUGUUGCUGUGGAAAACAUGGGCAAUAAUGAGACAUGUCAACUUAAUGUCAUCCCAAAACGUUACGUUGAACCACAUGGCCACGGCCUGGAAUUAAUCCCAGUCGAUAAAAAGAAAGGCGUAAUUCGCGUGUCCACUGAUUUAAACAUUGCAAUUUACAGUACCUACGAUUGUCUUCAUUCGACAAUGUGGCACCUAGAGAAGUAUGAUGGAAGGAGGUAUUUUAUUAAUGUUGGUCCCAAGUCUAGAAGGAAUUGGUUCAAAAUUGAGAAGUAUGGGCGCGGUUAUAAAUUUGUUUACUGUAAAGUUAUUUGUAAGGAUGUUGGAGUUGUUAUGGUCAAUGGUCAGAGGCGCUUAGGGCUUAACGAUGUCCCUCUUGUGUUCAACUUUAAGAAGGAAAUUCUCGAAGGUCGUUGAACGUACUCACUUGCUCUAAUUUUACUCUACCAAAAUAAAGCGAGUCUAUACUAAUGAGGAUGAUAACAACUUGUCCUUCAAAUAAUAAUGAUGAUGUAAUAAGGAGUGCCCUUUGCUAAUAAGAAGGCAUUUAAUUUCGUAAUAAACUAUGCAUUUGGUUCUUCUUCUUUUUUGCUAAUUUUGUUUGGGGUCGUUUCAUAAUAUAUCAGAUUGUAUUGUAUUAUUUUGAUGAAUA